GAUGUGUUAGCUGUUUCCUACAUCACUCUAUUUGGUAUCACACUAGAUACUGGUUAAGAAUUUUAGCAUCCUUGUUUCUGAGAGACCGGGCUCUUAACUUUUCUUCUUGCAGCUUUAAAUGUAAUGACGUCCUCAAUAAAGAAACUGAAGUAUCCCCUCUUCUUGUCCUUUAAAAGAGCUUGUAUUAGAUGAUUGAUAUUGGUUGUGGGUUUUUUCCGUAAGUGAUUAAAGAAUACUUCAGUUGUAAGAGGAACAGAGAGCUGUGAUUUCCAAACUCAUGGCUAGCAUUUACAGCCAACUUGAUGCUAGAAGGUGGAACAUUCCAGACUCCACCAACUGAUAUCUUUACUGGAGGACCAUUGGGAAGUAGGGGUGGAGCUAGGGUUUUGACAGUUGAACUGCUGGGGCUCUGACAGUUGAACAGCUGGGAGCUUUGGCAGUUGAACUACUGGGGCUUUGGCAGUUGAACUGUUAGGGGCUUUGGCAGUUGAACUGCUGGUACUUUGGUGCAGGUGAGGAUGGGUGUCCUUGGAGAAGCCACCAUCUUGCCACAUGCAGCUUCAUCUUGGACCUGUCUCUGCUCAGUGGAUGACACCUGGGGCAGAUUCCUGAUAUCCAGAACAACUGACUGUUAAUACACUGCUACUAAUUCCUCUUGACCAUGAGUUGGAAUAUAAAACCAGGACAAGCUACCUUGCGACCCGCAUAUCGUAAGAAACAGUCGUCAUCUUUUUUGGAGCAAGCUUUAAGACCCACACUGAACACAACACCUCAGAGUUCUUUAAACUAUCCUGGAAGUAACCAAGAUGCUUGUAUGUUUCUCAGUAAUUCAAAUCCAGUUUCACAGCCACAGGUCAAUAUCAGAAAUUAUAAAACUCAACAGAUGCCUCUUUCUAAUAUGCAUAGUGAGGCAGUUAUGACCUCACAAACUUCAGUGGAAAGAAUAACAUAUACAAAUGUUAAAGGACACAAACAACUCGAUCACAACUUCCAAAUGUCUCCUGGACUUCCACAAAAUGUCUGGUUAAACUCAUCAUCGAGGAAUUCUAUGCUUUCUCACACAGGCACUGCUGUAACCCAUCAAACUAGCUUUGGAACCAGUACCCCCAGUUUGCAUGCACUGCCAAAUCAGUACGUCACCUCUGACACCUAUUCUGUGCAACUUCAAAUGGUCCCUUCUAACUCUGUAAGAGUUCCUGUAACUUAUCAAGGAAUUCCAAGACUUAACCCGUCUUUAUUGCCCCAGGGUGAUUGGGCCCAGCAGCAUGCAGCCAGUGGAUUGACUUACCCAGAACACAGGCCACUUCCACAGCAGUACACUUAUUCAUCACGAAGCUGUUUGCAAGAUCCUGCUCAUCAAAAACAAAACUCUGUGUCAUCGACAUCAUUGCAAGUUAAAAAUAGUCAUCCUCCAAAUUCUGCACUGACUUAUGAGCCAAAGCCCAUAGCACCUGCACCAUCAUACCCAUAUGCAGCUACUCAAGCUAACAAAAGACCCCCUCCUCCUUACGAAUGCAGUUUCCCAAGACAGCCUUUGCAAAGUCCUCAGCCUGUGGUUAAACACUCUACCAUGGACAUGCCUCAGAGCCAGGAAACACACUCACCUGAACUGAGGAAAGACUUUGGUAGGGGCUUUCAACAGCAGUGGCAAAACUUUAAUGAAAAUGUCAGCACGCUUGGAAAUUUUUGUGACUUGGAAGUGCGUGCCAACGUCAGCCAGCCUUACGGCGAACCCGUUGGAUCUUCUGUGCCUGGUGCCCAGAGUCUCACUCAAAACAAUCAAGAGAAAAGAAUGGAUUCUUGUAGCCUACCUUCAACUCAAGUGCUGGACACAAGUGCCACAAAAGAAAAACUAGUUAGGGAUAUUAAAACAUUAGUAGAAAUAAAAAAGAAGUUUUCAGAACUUGCAAGGAAAAUUAAAAUUAAUAAAGACCUUCUGAUGGCAGCAGGUUGUAUUAAAACAACUAAUCCCCCUUACAGUGACUCAGCUCAACAUUCUGAGUUAACUCUUAAAAAAACUGCCAAAAGUCAGUCUGCACCACAGGUAACUCAAGUCACAGCAGAGAUGGUACAGGAUAAGCCACCAACUGUGAUGGAAUCUGCAGAACAAAACAAUAGAGCACACCAUACUUCGAAUUCCAACACCAGUUGUAAAAAGUUUAACCGAGUUUUUCUCAAUCCUCUCUGUAUGGAAAAAUUGCUAGUGCCAGGCCACUUUCAGGACUUGCAAGGUCUGAUUUCCUUAAAGACAGCAACUGUUCCAGUCACCCCUGAAACAUCAAGCAACAGCCAAUUUUCACCAGGAAACUCUGUCAAUACUGAGCAAAAUGCACCAAAAAAUUUUGAAGCCACUUUUCUUCCUCAUUCUACUCUUUGUCCAUCCUUUGAGGAAUCUGUUGAAAAAUAUCGAAGUAAACAUCCUCUAAUACUCAGUUUACUUGAAGCUGGAAAUAAUACAACUCAGCAGAAAUUAGUAAAUGAUGAUUAUAAAAUACUUCAGGAUACUAACCUACAUAGUACUGAAAUAACUCCAAAUACCCAAGUCACUGGUAACCAACUGAAUUUAAAAACCAUGGAAACUCCAGGUCCUUGUAGUGUAAAUGCUAAGAUUUCAGACAACCUUUCUCUUGAGCAUAAAUCCUCAGCAACCGGAAUGUCUUCUCAAAGUGAAGGUCAGUGUCCCAUGGAAUUGCUAGCAACAUGUCUUUCUCUAUGGAAAAAGCAGCCUUCAGAGCCCACAGAAGAGAAACAGCAUUGUGACUCAAGGGCACAGAGAACAGCCACUGGAAUGUCAAAGGCUGUAGAAAUCUGUGAUAAGAGUCCAAUGCCAGUUGCGGGAAAUACUGAGACUAAGAUGGUGAAUAGCUUGCAAGAAACAACAUUGUCGACAGCAGUACAGAACUAUGAGUCAUCAAGUGUAACUGUGACAAAGGGCACAGAGCUUCAGAUUGCUGUAGUGUCACCCUUAAUUCUGUCAGAUGUCAAAACAUUGCCUGUCAAAGAAAUGGCACCUGGGGCUUUACCUGAAGCAGUGUAUCCUGUUAUUAAGGAAGGCAGUGUUUGUAGCUUACAAAAUAAGUUGGCAGAAGAUAGGCAAGAUACUGCUACUUUGAACGUUAAUGACCAAGUAGCAAGUACUAUACCAAGCUCCAAAAUUUUCCCAGUGAUUCAGAACGAAAAGCAAAUGGAAUCAGCAAAUGUUACUUCAGAAGAUAUACCUAAUCCAGAUCAGUGGAAGUACAUAAAAGCAGAACCAGACAGCCACUAUCAGGUGACUAGUGCACUCCCCUCCCUCGGGUCAAGAGGUUGGGAUGUCUUACAGAUAGACAGCAUCUGUUCUCUCGUAGAAGGCGACAUAUCUUACAAUUCCCAAAUUGCGAAGAUAUUCAGCAUGCCCCCUUUGCAAAAGGUUGAGCCACAGAAACCCCUACCUAGUCACCAAGUAGUUAAUGGUAGACAACAGAAAGAACAACUAGAUGACAUCAUAGAGAAAAAAGACUUUGGUUUUCAAAAGGGCAAUUUUGAACAGGGCACAGGUGUUUCACAUGAAAUAACAGAUGAGUCCAAGUCACCCCAUCCUCCUGAAUCAUCCUCUUUAAAACAUGUUGAAACAAACAGUGGAAUUCUAGAGCAAGGCAGUUUAGGCCACAUCACUAGUGAGGACACUGGUGGCCAUGCGUGUCCCUCAGCUAUUCCUCAGCAGGGUGGUCACCCUCAGGAGACGGACAUGCCCUGCGACAACACUGCCCAGGAUCCAGUGGGCAGCGGGAUUCUCGAUGAGAGCACCUCUGUCUCAUACCUGCAUGACCAGCUGUCGGAACUUUUAAAAGAGUUUCCUUUUGGUAUUGAAGCUAGGAAUACAUGUGAGGAUUCUGUGCCCCAAGUGAAAAAGGAUGAAGUCUCCAAAGAUCAAGCUUGUGAGAAAAUUGCUUGUGACUCCAAAGACUCAGCAGACCAAAUACAAAUUACACUUUUAAGUUCAGAGCAAAUGAGAGAACUAUUUCCCGAACAGGACGAUCAGCCUCAUGAGGCAAAAAAAGUCACAGAAUCUCAAAAAGAGGUGCCUGCCCCCAAAGAAGGAAGCCAGACUGUCCCACAAGCCCAUAGUGGGGAUGGAGACAAUUCUGAUUGUGUAAUAGUGGAUCUUGAGAAAGAUGACGUCCGCUGCUGUGCACUGGGGUGGCUCUCGGGGGUUUACAAAGGAAUUCCUGGAUGCCAGUGUCAUUCCAUAAAGGACGAAACUUCAGCUAGAGAAAAAGAGAAAACUUGGUGUUCUUUGGAGACAAAGGACGGUAAACCAGGAGACAGAACCUCUGAUCAAGCUAUCCCUGUUGAAGCUAAUGAUCCUCCAGAUAACAAUCAGAGGAUUUCUCUUUCUUUUCCAGACAGGAAAAACAGUCUGUCUGAAAUAGAACAGGGCAAGACUAUUAAACAGAAAUCUAAAACAAAGCAUAAUGACUCAGUAAGGACAGAACAAGAGUUAUCAGGCCAGUUGAAAAGUGAUAGAAAAAAAGACUCCUCAAAAAGACACAAAAGAAGUGGAAAAUUACAGUUUCAUGAGAUCACCUUCCACUCCAGUAAUAAAGUGACAAAACCUUCUCAGGAGAAACUACAGAAGAAACACAUGACACCAAACUCGCACCUAGUACAAGCAAAGGGGGUGGGUUUGACAAAUAAAAAUAAAGAGCCACACAGGAAGACAACAGGUUCUCUGGCACAGCAAGUGUCACCAGAGGACAGGACAUUGAAGGUGAAAGCUGGUGGCUCCAGCCAAAAACGGGAAAAAAGGAAGUUAGAUGAGGAUAGUGUACUUGAUUCAGUGAUAAAAAAGAAGAAAUAUGAACAUGAGCAGAGUAAAAAUGUGACAGAUGGCACAGUGAAAUGUCAUCCUUUGCCCAUCUCCAGCGAGAGAGCCAGCGUUAAAGAGAAGACAGUUUCGAAAGUUAAGACUUCAAGCUCUACGGAGAGUUCUUCUAAAAUGAGUAGGCUUGUAACAGCAGAAUGUAUCCAAAGGCAAAAGCAUAAAGAAGCAAUGGGUGUGAAAGUAUCAAAGAAAAAGUAUGUGAAAAGUAGGUCUCGUGAUUAUCAAAUCAUGAGGUCCAGUAAGCUCGCUUUGCGAGUAGGGAGCUGUGGGAAGUCGAGCAUGAGGCACAGCAGCAGCGGCGGUGGGCAGACCUCUAAAGAAGUGUCAAAUGUUUGCACCAGCCUUAGCAAAAACCUCAAAAUCCACCAUUCUGAGGAAUCUAAAACACACAUUUCAAAAAGUAUUAAAGGAGCAGUUGGUGGGAAGCCGUCUGAUAAAAUGUGGAAAGAUAAAACCAAAGUAGACAAAAGCGCCAGCUGCGUGAAUAGUGAAGGUGCUUUAGGCCAGAUGUCUUCCCAUGCAAAGGAUCAACGGAAGCGGUACCUGAACAGAGUCGCUUUUAAGUGCACCGAAAGGGAAAGCAUCUGUCUCACAAAAUUGGACAGUUCACCCAGGAAACUUGGGAGAGAUAAAGAGAGACCAGAAAGUAAACCUAAGAGCUUUUUGCCUGGGAAAGAGACCUCGGAUAGUCGCAGCAUGCUGGAGUUUAAGCUGUGCCCGGACAGCAUGAUGAAGAAUGCGAGCUCUGCAGAAGACCAGAAAGACCUGAAACCUUGUCCCAGGAAGGAGCAGGCGCCCUUGCAAGUUUCAGGAAUAAAAAGUACAAAAGAAGACUGGUUAAAAUGUGUAACUGAGGAGAAAAGGAUGCCGGAAGCCACCGAAGACUUAGACAAUAAUAUUUUGACUAAUUCAAGACUCUCCAAAAGAAGCUUCAGUGCAGAUGGCUUUGACACAGGACAAAAUCCAGUAAAGGAUUCAAAAGCAAUGUUUCAAACCUACAAAAAGAUGUACAUGGAGAAGAGAAGCAGAAGCCUUGGUAGCAGUCCCUUAAAAUAAUUUUGAGACUUUAGUUCAUCUGCUCAUUCUGGAAUCGCCCCCAGAAAAUUUCUGGCAUUUUCCCCUUCAGACUACUUACCUGGGAACACUAAAGAGUUUGGCUACCACUUGGGUUGUGUAUAUCAUUGAAAUUAUUUAAUUAUGAUGUCGUGAGAAUCUUAUUUGUGAGUAGAAAAUGUAAGACAUGAAUGCUAUUUGUCAGAGACACUGUAAGGUGUUGAAUUUCAUCAUGACUGACGCAGUUUGUCAUCAUUUAAAGGGAAUUUUUUAUCUUAAGUCUUAUUUUGAAAUGUUAACUGUAUCCUGAGGGAGCCUCUCUUUGGGAUAAAGGCCAUUUAUUUUAGCCGGGACUGUAAAUGUAUUUUUAUUUCUAAAAGUUAUCAGCAAAACUUAUUUUUCAAAAUGCUCACUGUGAAUGUCAAAGAAUAUUCUUAAGUAUUUUGUACAUGUAAACUUUUUGUCAGAAGUCUUGUUUUAUACUUGCUAUGCUGAACACAAUUUUGGGAUAAUGUUUAAGCAUUACUUUUCAUACUUGAAAUAAACAUUUAUUUUUUACAAAAAAGUAUGAAAUCAUACUGGUG